AUGGAUCACAUUCCACUCCCUGCGCCACAGUCUCGAUUGCAUGUUGAGGUGUUGUUUUGGGAAAGCCCCUAUCAUCCAUACGUGUACAAGCCGCCCUUUCUCGACUAUCCGGAGCAUUGUGGUUUCAGCAUACCAGAAAUACAGGCUCAUGAAUCUUGGGAGAAAUAUGGCGCCGGGUAUAGGAAUCUUUUCCUGGCUUUUCUCCAGUCGUGGCUUUACUUCGGUACAAUUUCCGAGUUCUUGGGCAAAAAGCUCGAUUUGUCAGAUUGGACUGUCACUCGAUCGACUGACGAUGCAAAGUUGGUUUCAACACGGAUUCUUUGCGAGUACCUAGAGAAGUGGAUUUCUCAGGUUUCUCAGCUCUCAGAUGGAGCACAAGAGGCGAAAGCCUCGCAUAUCGACAAGGUUCUCCAAGCAUCAAAUGAGAUGUACAUCUCAGUGAGCACGGCGGGGAACUUCUUGACGGAUGACCUCUCACUGUCUCUUGCGAUACUGUUUCGAACGUUGAUGGACGUGAGAAAUGCUGUAUUGCCCGGGAAGAGCAAACUUGAGACUUGGCAGCCUCACGGCAUUCCAUUGUUGUCUGAACAGUUCUCAGAUGAUGGUUGGUGCAAAAGCGAUCAUUCUCGUUUGCAACAACACAGCUCCAUCAUUGGAAUGUACUAUUCCUCUCGACUGGGCAAACUCCCUUGUCUUCAAAAUCAUGGAACAUGUACAGAAGGCCUCUGUCUGGCGGCACAGGUUGACGAAUCGACGUACAAAUCACAGCAUAUCAGUGACACAUGUCUAUGCGCACCUGUCACAGCAAGUACCACUACUAUAGCACAAUUUGUGGCUCAGCAGACGACCCCGCUCUUAAUCGUUGAUGGCGAUGGAGCGAUGCGCAUCCUCAAGGGGCCUAGCUGUACACAAGGCUAUGUAGCCGUAUCACACGUCUGGGCAGACGGCCUCGGAAACCCACACAGUAAUCAACUUCCAAACUGUCAAGUGCGCCGGAUGCAAAGACAAGUGAACAAUCUUCUCCGAUCGCCCGAUGGUCAACCAACUCCUUUCUGGAUAGACACUUUGUGCAUACCAGUGGGAGAAGCUUACGCUAAGGAGCGGGAUCUAGCUAUCAGCGCUCUGGUAAAAACAUACUCCGAAGCCAAGAUGGUUUUGGUCUUCAACAAGGAGCUAAGGGUGCUCGACGCCGAGCGGCCAUUUGAAGAGUUGGUGGCUAGAACGACCAGGACGACCUGGUUCCGUCGACUCUGGACAUUACAGGAGGGAGUAUUCGCUCGAGAGCUGUAUUUCCAAUUCAAAGACUCUGCCCUAUGUCUAGACAAUGGACUUGACGCGGAGGAUCAGCUCAGGCCUAAUCGCACCACCUCUUCACCAAUUGAAGCUCUGAUCAAGGAGAGGAUCAUCCGCGAUUGCAGCCAGCCGCUUGUGGCUUUGAAGGACCUCAGAAAUACACACCCAAGUGAACGAGUGCGCCAUUUAUGGACCGCUGUACAAUGGCGGGUGACCAGCUACGCAUCCGACGAGCCCCUGUGCCUUGCUAGCAUACUUCACCUAGAUUUGGACGCCAUUCUUCAGGUUCCUCGAAAACUCUCAAACGCUGCAGAGGAAAGGAUGCAGGCCUUUAUUCGCACGCAAGUUCUGUUUCCCCCAUCCUCACUUUUCGAAUCUGGGAUUCGCGAUAUCGGCGAGGCCCCUCGUCUACCCUGUGAUGGAUAUCGCUGGGCUCCGAGAAGUUUUUGUUACAGGACUACACGGCACAAGAGCAUCCCGAUAGAUGCGAAAUUACGACCCGCAAAUCAGCUUGGCUUUCAUGUGACCUUCCCAGGAGUGAUGCUAAACUGGGCUGAUAUAAAGAACAAGCCACGGGUUUUCUUCUUUACAAUUUCAGGGAUCUGGGAUACAUAUUUCAGAAUAGUCUCACUCAGUGACGAUGAGCCACCUUGGCCUGACUCCUUGCAUCUCUCAAACAAUUUCGAGCCGGCCUUAGUCCUUGAGGAAGCUAUCCCGAUUCAAACUCACCGAGCUCAAAAUACAGGAUUCUUUUUAGACCUGCUACGGGACAGGAAGUCAAGUUCUUCAUGGGAUUUCACAGCUCCCAAGCUCUCCUUUUACUCGGCCAUACUCGUCGCGGUCGAACAGAGUACAGACAGGAUUCUACGCGGCAGGAUUCUCGCAGAUGUUCUUAUCACUGGUCGUGAAUAUUCUUCAUCGCGGUCUUCGGCCAUGUCUCAGAUAAUGGAGUCAGAGUCAAUGGCUCUACCCUCGGUUGAUGACUUGCCAACAUUUGAGCUUACUCAAGAAAGCCAAGAAUGGUGCCUUGGAUGA